AUGACGAGACUCAGCGACGCGAUCAAGGAUGACCAUCGGAAGAUCGAGCAGGCAUAUCGAUAUAUCCUCACAUCAACCACUCUAGAAGACAAAGUCCGAUGGAGGAAUGAGCUCAGCCUCGAACUGGCAAGGCAUUGCAUCAGCGAGGAACAAGUCCUCCUUCCAAUCCUCACAGAUCGACUGGCCGAUGGCGAGUCUCGUAGCGCCAGGAAUCACACGGACCGCGAAAGCUUGAAGGAAAAGAUUUGCCGCCUCCAAGCGAUUCCAGUCGACGAUGACAGCUUCGAAACCGAGUUAAGGGCUCUCUGGGUAGACCUGGCAGCCCACGUCCGCGAUACCGACAACCAGGACGUGGCCCGGUUGGAAGAGUGCCUCACCAUGACCGAGUCUGAGGAGCUUGCGAGGCAAUUUCGGCUCACGAUGUCCAUGGCUCCGACGCGGAGUAACCCCUCGCCUGAUCGCGGUCCGCCGUCUCAGCAGAUCACAGACUUCCUCGCCACCAAAACUGGGCCUUGA